GGCGGCCUUGUCGCAGUUGCUAUUCUUUGCUAAACAAUAACGAGAAAAUUGAUCUAACCUACUAUUUUUAUCACUUUUCUCAGAAAUUUGGUCAAAAAGCAAUAUUAAUAAUAGUUACAUAUUAGGCUAAUUAUUUUGAUAAUGUGAUAUUAAGUUAACCCAUGGCUUCCAAUGUGCAAGAUUCGCCUGUCGUUCAGCAGACGUUCGUUGAAGAGAUAGAUUACAAUGAAAUUCAGGAAUUACAGGUAGUAGGCAAGGGCGCGUUCGGAGUAGUGUGGAAAGGCCUAUGGCGGAACAAAUUUGUAGCUGUAAAACAUAUAAACUCGGAGGCUGAGAGGCGAGAGUUUGCCAUCGAAGUGCGGCAGCUAUCGCGCGUCUGUCACCCCAAUAUCGUGAGGCUAUAUGGAGCAUGUACGCAGGGGGCCCAGGUUUGCCUUGUUAUGGAGUAUGCUGAAGGUGGCUCACUAUACAAUGUAUUACAUAUUCGACCGAAGCCCAAAUAUACAGCAGCUCACGCUAUGAGCUGGGCCAGGCAGUGUGCAGAGGGUGUUGCCUACCUCCAUGCAAUGAAACCAAAGCCCUUAAUACACAGGGACUUGAAACCACCGAAUUUAUUGCUAGUUGCUGGUGGACAGAAACUGAAAAUAUGUGAUUUUGGAACUGCGGCUGACAAAGCUACAUACAUGACUAAUAAUAAAGGCAGUGCUGCGUGGAUGGCUCCUGAGGUGUUUGAAGGCUCAUCGUAUACUGAAAAGUGUGAUGUAUUCUCUUGGGGCAUAAUACUAUGGGAGGUCCUAUCCAGAAGAAAACCCUUCGAGGAAGGGGGUUCAGCAUUUAGGAUAAUGUGGGCAGUACAUACAGGUCAGCGGCCAAACUUAAUAGAAGGCUGCCCGGAGCCUAUAGAGCAGUUGAUGACACAGUGUUGGCACAAGGUGCCAGUGGAGAGACCCAGUAUGGCAGAGGUGGUGGAAAUAAUGAGAGCACUCUGUGAGUUCUUCCCCGGCGCGGAUACGCCGAUAAACUACGAUGACCUUGAAGACGAUGACGAAGAGAGCGUAGACGACGACUACCUCCUGUACAGUACUCGAGACAGCUUCGAAACCGAGAACAUUGCCCCAACACACAACACACCCUUCACAGACGAAACGUGCUCCAAUCCCGUUCUAUACAGACACGCCGCAAAACAUUCACCCAACAUCUCCCCAAGACCGAGAAGCUUCGUCGAGUCCCAAGUCAGCCGCCUCCAGAACUUAAUGGCUAACGAGAACCAACCGAAAAUUAACGAUCCGCAGGAGCAAAGAGCAACCGUCAAAAUCCCCCAACAGUUCAGGAGGGACACGCAUUUAGAACCGGGGAGCUCAGUAACUAUCAACAGAACAUCUAGCUCCCCCGUACCAUCUGAAAGGAUUCAAAUGCCGAGUGAAGGAAGCACUCCUCAAGACACUUUACGGGUAUUCAGAAGCCCUGUCGUUUUCAGCGAAAGCUCAUCCCCUAGAGGAAUUUCUCCUAUAGUGAAUUAUAACAUCGGUAACAUGAAUCCUCGGCAUAUAGACAUAGAUCAAUACUGGAAUAGAGAGAAUGAUAAGCUGUCGCCGGCUAGCAGGACGCCGUCCGCAUUGAGUACGAACUCUAUGAGGAAGGAGGAUUAUAAUCAGAACUACUGUGAUAGACUGAGUGCAGCGAACAGUCCAAAUCCAUUGCAGUACAAUGGAAACACGUCACAGAGGCUGCAGGUGGAUCCUAGAUAUCAAACUCCGUUACAAAUUGAAGUUGAUCCUAACACGUGGGAAUUAAAGGACUUCCGAGACUCGCUCAACAACUACGACGGAUACAUAGAACUUAAAAACCACGGCGGCUUCGAUAAGUUUAUACCAGUGGGCAACAGUAGUGGGUCGCCGCCCGCAGAGGGCGCCGCGCCGCCGCCAGCCGAGCCCGACCCGGACCUGGACUCCAUGCACAUGAUGCUGGACCCACACCUGCGCCCCAUCUCGCCCGACCUCACCAACGAGGAGUCGAAGCGCAUCUUUGAGGAGCACAAGCAGUUGGCGCAGGAGUACCUUAAAAUACAGACUGAGCUUGCCUACCUGAGCAAGCACAAGUCGGAGCUGGAGGAGCAAAUGGACGACGAAGAGCUCCGGCAGAAACGGGAGAUCAUACAAUUGGAAAAUGAGAAGGAUUCGUUAGUCAAACUGUACUGCACGCUGAAACAGCAGUUGUCGCGAGCAGACAAUGACGAUUGGCUUCUACAGGAGGAGCGGCCGCACGAGUGAUUGCCUUCACGACACUGGACUAACGACGUCGAACUUUCAAACAUCUACUACGAACGACUGAAGAUGGGCACAUCCAUUAUCGGUAUUUCAUAGGAUAUAUUUCGGAGAGUGUGCACAGGAACUUUUCGAUCUUGUCCCCCACUCACCGUUUUACUACCGAAUCGCAAGACGUCGGGCGAGUUUAUAUCCUUAUGCCGUCGACAUUCCAUCUACACGCACGAAACGUUUUGCGUCAUCAUUCCUCAUACGCAUGGUUAAGGUUUGGAAAACUCUUCUGCGAACUGCGUUUCCUACCAAUUACAAUCCGGGUAUCUUUAAAACAAGAGUGAAUAGGCACCUUCUAGGUAAACGUGUUUCAUCUUAGACCACACCAUCACUUUCCCUCAGGUGUGAUUGUGGUCAAUCGCUUGCCUAUAACGAA